GAAAGUGAAAGUAGAAUAAGGGGAUAAAUACAGAGCGAGUGAGCAGCGCAGACACAGAGCAGCAGAGACAGAGAGAGAGGGAGGGAGAGAGAGAGAGACUGAGCUCAGAACUGCUAAUAAAGGAAAUUCUUUCACUGUCAGACACACAAUGGCUUUCCUGUUGGGAAUGUUUGUAGACAAACCCGAAUUUGUCACAGUUUUGAAUGACAAACAAGUGGAAGCUGGAUCUAACGUCAUUCUUCGCUGUGAAGUAAACACCACACAAGUGACGGUAAUGUGGAAGAAGAACAGCCAAAAACUGGACUGUGUGGAAGGAAAACACAAAAUCAGACUAAUUGGUAAACUGUGCUGCUUGGAGAUCCAGAGGGUCGAGGAUGUUGAUGAAGGGAGUUACACUGUCGAAGUGUCCAACAAGCUGGGCAGCGUGUCCUGCUCUGCCAUGGUGACCGUCGCAAUCAAUAAAUGGAGAGAAAUACCUCGAAACUCAGCUGAGAUGGUGAGAUCUCUGAGAAGUUAUCAGGUCUGUGACGGCGUCUCUGAGCUCCGUUUCCUCCUGCAUGGUCCAAUCGGAGCAGGAAAGUCCAGCGUCAUAAACACCAUCAAAACUAUUUUUGAAAACCGUCCGUUCGUUAACUGUCUGGCCGGCGAGUCUGGAGAAAGUGUCACUCUAUACUACGAGAAGUUCACCAUUGGAAGCGAGCGCUCUGGACGUUUACCGUUCGCCUUCUACGAUGUAAUGGGUCUUGAAGAGGGACAAACAAGAGGGGCUCACACUGAUGACAUCAUCAAAGCUUUAAAAGGCCACAUACCGAACAACUACAAAUUCCAGGCUUAUCCAAUAACUGAAGACAACAGGUAUUACAUCACCGCUCCGACCCUGAACGACAGGAUUCACUGCCUGGUCAGUGUUUUACCAGCAGACAAAAUCACCCUGAUGGAAAACGCGGUCAUCGAGAAAAUGAAGUGCAUCAGAAAAGCAGCUACUGAAUUAGGAAUUCCUCAGAUGGUUUUCAUGACCAGAGUGGACAAGGUGUGCAAAAUGACAAAAGAUGAUAUGAGCAAGGUGUAUCAAAGCAAGAAGAUCAAGGAGAAAAUGCAGGAGUGCAGUAACAGACUCGGCGUCCCGAUGAACUGCAUCUUCCCGGUGGAGACCUACCACGAGCAGAAUCAGCUGAACGAGCAUAUAAACUGUCUGAUUCUGGACGCUUUAACUCAGAUUGUAUUCUGGGCGAACGACUAUGCAGAGAAAUGUUCUGGAAACCAGAACCGUGUAGAAUGACCCGGUGCGCUCAGAUUUGUCUCUGUGUCCAUGUGCAGCUGUCCUCGCCUUCUUAUCUAUAUAUAUAUAUAUGUAUAUAUAUAGAUAAGAUUGAUAAGAUAGGUAAGAUAGUCCUUUAUUAGUCCCACAACAUUAACAUGGAUUAGUCUCCAUAUUAGUCCAUCUUUUGUGUGUUUGGUAUAUAUGGUAUCACCAGCUGUAGGGUUUGUAUACCUGCUGUGUGGUGAAUUAAACUGUCUUUUGUUUCCUGUUUCUUUGGCUGAGUCAGUUAGUAGGUUAUAAAAUAGCUAGUUUAGGGUUUUGUUGAUUAUUUUCAGCAAUGGCCAACCUGUGGUCAACACUGGUGUUUGUCUUUGUUCAGAACUUAUAAUAUACUUUUCACCUUCACUCAUCCGGUGUCCAUUUUCUUUUCCUUGUCCCGUUUAAUGCACCAUUAGCCGUAGCUGUUAUACAUCCACCAUUUACUCAGUCCGUUGUGUCUCAAAGCUGGACCGGGUCAGAACAGCACCAUCAAACCCCUUUUGCUGCCCUACAGAGAAAACUGUCCUACAGGCAUGACGUACUUUUCUGUUCUGAGAUCAGA